AUGGCAUUACUGAUUAACGACUUACAGGAAGUGUCGGACCUUAAGGUAAGUGAUGUCCAAAUAUUGGGUCAUUCAUUGGGAUCACAUGUGGCCGGUUAUGCCGGAGAGAAAUUGAAGGGCCAGGUGGGACGCAUUACUGGAUUGGACCCUGCUGGGCCGUACUUUGAAGGUCUUCCCGCAGCGGCUAAACUCGACAAAACAGAUGCCGUAUUUGUUGACGCAAUUCAUUCGGAUGCCAAACAUCUGAUCCCGGACUUGGGCUUUGGUUUAUAUGAGACUUCCGGACAUUUAGACUUUUAUCCAAAUGGAGGAUAUGAUCAGCCGGGUUGUGAUGAGCAGCGAUGGACUUCUAUUAUAACCGAAGGUCUGAUUGAAGGCGUAAGACGUUUGGUGGCCUGUAAUCAUCAAAGAGCUGUCGACUUCUAUAUGGAUUCCAUAAACACUCAGCACAUUCCCGGAGUUGCCUACCAGUGCUCUGAUUUUGAGUCCUUUGAGAGUGGAAAGUGCAUUGAAUGUGGAGAUAAUGGCGACAAAUGUGCGGUCAUUGGAGAGAAGGCUCAACUGUCCCAGAAGUACGAGAAGACCACUCAAGACACCCGAUUCUUCAUGACUACCACCGAUAAGAAACCAUUCUUUAAAUACGAAUUCGAGAUCCAAGUAAAACUGCCGGUAGAGACUCCACAUUCAAGUGAUAACCAUGGUACUUUGAUGGUUACACUUCAUGGAGAUAAUGAUGAACAGAUCACUUUGAAUGACAAGGAUCAGAUCUUCCAUUUGGGACAGACCUAUACUUUUAUCGCCAAAUUUGACUACAAUUUUGGUGAAGUGAAGAAAGUGACGUUCAAAUGGCACCGAACUCUCGGCGGUAUCAUUAAGCAGAAGAUGUGGAUUGAGAGCAUUCGAGUCAUUCCCCUGUCUUCCGAUAAUAUUCAAGACAAACAAAAACAUUUACAAGAAAUCAAAGCGUUUUGUAACACAAGUCCCGACACAGGAAUUGAAAACGAGAAGGAUGUCGACUUUUCAACUCUUUGUAAAUAAAUUGCUUGAUUCUUUGUAAAUUGAAUUUAAUUCAAACUAAUAUAACUUCAAAAUAAAUUAAAAUAUUUUUAAACAA